GAACGAAAAAAGACGAAGCGACACGAAGCCGAGCACGUCAGAUUCAGAUUCACGUUCAGAUUCCACUUCGUCCGUUCAUAUUUUCCAGGUCAGUCGGUCCAGAGGAACAAAUAGACCAAAAUGCCCGCUCCAGCCAGUUCAACGUCCGUGGGCAGCGGAUCGCGCUCCCCCAGCAAAUUGUCGGCGCCACGUAGCGCCGGAUCCGGAGGCGGCAGCACCCUGAAGCAGCGCAAGACCACCACCAGCACCACAGCGGCCCGGAGUCGUGCUCCCGGCGGAGCCGGAACUGGUGGCAUGUGGCGUUUCUACACGGACGACUCUCCCGGUAUCAAGGUUGGUCCCGUGCCCGUGCUGGUCAUGUCGCUGCUCUUCAUCGCUUCCGUCUUCAUGCUGCACAUCUGGGGCAAAUACAAUCGUUCUUAAGCCAUGCAUUUCGUAGCCAAUAAAAUACUUUCACCUCAACGAGCGUGAACAAUGUCGA